AUGAGUCAGCGUAUCGUACGGAACGUUAAGCUGCUUGCGGCACUAGCGCCUGCUGCCCUGGAAGUCACCUGGAGAUCGGCUCGCCUUCUUCAAAAGCCGUCCUGCUUCUCCUGCUUCUCCUGCUUCCCCUGCUUCCCCUGCUUCCCCUGCUUCUCCUGCUUCUCCUGCUCCUCUUGCCUCUUGUGAAUUCCUCCACCCCCAAUCUCCAGCACCCGCAGUCCAGAAAGUCUCAUACACAGAUCCCGUGCUGCAAGCUGUCACCACCAAGACAACCCCCAAACCCCAAACCCACCGCCCAAGCACACAACCUCCAACCCGGCCGUCACCGAACCAUGGCCGCGUCCCCAGCUGCCUCUGACAUGGGCGCAGAAGCCUCCAAGAAGAUCCUCUUCCGCUUCUGCUCCGAAUGCUCGAACCUCCUCUUCCCCAAGGAAGACAAGGAGAACAACCGCCUGCUCUUCGCCUGCCGCACCUGCUCUUUCACCGAACCCGCCCCCUCCGCCUGCGUUAUGCGCCACGAGAUUGCCUCGACGGUCGGCGACACCGCCGGCAUCACCCAGGACGUCGGCCAGGACCCAACGGUUGGUCUCUCCGAAUCUCUUUCCGACGCCUCUCUUUCCGACACCAUCCCUGGCUUUUGCACAAUGUGUGGACAGGAGAUAUUCUGCGAAAUAUGUGGGCAAGAGUCGGACGGAGGCUUCUACAUGGAAGCUGAUGACUGCGACGACUCCAUGUCCAUGUCCAUGACCGAGAACAACCAGCAGUCUGCGUCUACCUCUAAACAAGAGGGUGACAAGCACUCUUCAAAGUCUUGAGCUCGCUUGCACGUUCGUUCGUUCGUUGCUUGUUUUGCUC